CACGCAGUAUUUACUGCUCACCCUCAUCGCACAUGGGGAAUCAGGUAGUAUUCCGAUAAUAAAUAUGGGCAAGGACGAAUACGCCACAACUGGUGGGUCACUCAAGCUUAAAGGGGUGCAGGGUGGAAAAGUGGAAAAGAAAAAGAAGAAGAAGCCGAAGCCUCCGUCCGCCGAAGCUACCGACGCCUCGAAAGAGAUCGAGCGCAAAGACUCUCCUGCAAGAGAGAAAGAGGAGAGAAGUGAUACGGCGACUGCAGAACAAUCGGGAAAUGACAGUGAAAACAGAGAUGGAUUCGCUCACGAGAGCAAGACUGCAGCGGAGAAGAAAUAUCUGGAGAUGAGGCGCAAGCGGUUAAAUGAAAGGCUCCAGAGAGAAGGCGUCAAGACACACAAGGAGAGAGUGGAGGAGCUGAACAAGUAUCUUUCCAACCUGAGCGAGCACCAUGACAUGCCUCGUAUUGGACCUGGAUAACACUUUUUCUCUGGCACUGCUUCUGCCAUUCACUACAUCAUAUUGGCGUUUUGGUUCGUCCUGGGGGACUUGAUGAGCGCGGGGUUUGCCAUAUCGUUUGAGGAACUUGUCUGUCGCGUUUUUAUAUAAGGUGUCUCUGCAUCGCUUCGGCUCCAGUCCUUGUAGCAAAUCAACAAAAAUUAAUGAAACUC